AGGAUACUUCAGCAGCAGAUAUGGUUGAAAAUGUAAGUGCGAAAGGCAACGGCCAGAAAUGGAAGGAGAGAAGCUACGGUGUUGCGACCCAUAUUAAGGAUUACUGCACCAACUGCACACUGGUUGGGUUCGCUUACAUUGCCAAUUCCAGGUUGCAUUUCACGGAACGCAUCUUUUGGCUGUUUUGUGUUCUUAUUUCGUCCUUUGGCUGUUACCAUCUGAUCACAGAAUAUCAGCGGAGUUUUCCCUCUAGAGCUGUCAGCAUUGUUUUUGAAAGUCUGCCUCCAUUUACCAAAUGGAAAUUUCCCACGGUCAGCGUUUGUGAAAUGGCCCAGAAAAAUGUUAUGUUUCCCACAAUUGUCGAUUAUAUAGAAGGUUUGGGCGUAGAUCUAAACGGGAAAUAUCCAUUUGAUGUAGAAUCCGCUAUGAACGUGAUUCUGUUUCCCGUACAAUACAACGAGAACGCAUUCAAGACCAAAUGUGCGGAAGCCGUAAAAAAUUGCUUAAACCCGUGUGCUACGUGUCCCGAGGGUGAUUUUCGACAAACUCUUACGUGGUAUGGAGCUAACUGUUCGGACUUGUUUGUGGAAUGCUAUAUAUCUGGAAGGCCUUUUAAUUGUUGCCAAUACUUUCAACCCCUGUUGACACCCUAUGGGCAAUGCUUUUUACUUAAUUCGUUGCUGAACAAUGAGCCAGGUUCGAAGCACUGGCUGCCGAAUCAAUUAGAUCCUGCCAAUGAAAAGGCUGUGGUAAAUUUAGUUACUGUUAUGGCGGUGCAAGUGACUCUGAUAAAUGAGGAGGAUAUUCCACAUACGGCAUUAUCUCCGACCGGAGUUCAACUGAUCACACCUGGGUUGUCCAAGUACAUUCAAUUCAAUCAGGUGGAAAUGGUAAAUGAUCCAGAUGUAAGAGAGGUUGCACCACAGAUUCGCAGCUGCUAUUUCCCGGACGAAAAUCCGUCAUCGAGUAUAUAUAAAGUUUAUAGUUUCAGUGUUUGCAUCAGCGAAUGUGUUAGGGAAUUGCAGAUGAAGACGUGUAAUUGCACUUCGGUUUUUUACAAUCCACAUGCUGAUCCACGCUUCCCAGACUGCGAUCUAACGGGUUUGUAUUGUUUGGAAUUGGCUCGUAUGGUCAGACCGGAUAGUAGGAUACUGAAUAGCAACAAUAAGCAUUUCAACAAUGAAAGUUGUGGAUGCCUGCCAUCCUGCAAUCAAGGCGAUAUACAUGUCGUUUACGAGCCCCAAUUAAUGGUUAGGAACCCAAACAAAUAUUUCAAUGGAACGCUUGAUAUGCCUUUCCUGCCGACGGAUCAGUAUCGCCGACAGGCGAUCCGCACGCGCUUGGAUGUAAUUGUCUCCAUAGGCGGGAUGCUCGGACUCUUCCUGGGGGCCAGUCUUCUUAGCGCCAUCGAGUUUAUCUACUAUUUCGCUGUGCGACCAUUCCACAAUAAGACGCGGGCACGCUCACCUCGUGCGUAAUUGCUCAACAGCCAGUGGCAAAUAGAAGAAUAUUGAAAGGAGUUUUUUUAAUAUCACAUAAAUUAAUAUACAGCUAUUAAAAUUUUUCCAUAUUUAAAAAUUUAAACUUAAACAAUAGCAUAAGCAAAGUAUAAUCUUGUUGGGUAGGUGCUUUUUUUUUAAACGUAAAACUAAAUUUCGAAGUCCUUUAUAAAUUAUUAUUAAUCUUGCGAUUAAUAACCCAUUGACCAACAAAACUAAAAUAUUUUUAAACUCUUAACAAAUAACUAAAAAUAAAAAACAAGUUCAAGCCAAAUUUUUAGAGUGGAGUCAAGAAUAGAAAAGCGGAUGGAAUAUGGAGACGGGAAUACAGUCUCCCAGUUGGAUGUG